CGGACCGGGGGAAGACUGUGGCCGGCCCCAGGGGCGCCCCCGGAGGAUAGCGCGGAUCGCCUUGGCUGGCAGCGCUGCUCUCUGGGCGCUGGGGGGAUCGGCCUCAGGUAGGCGGGAGUGGGAGGUGUUGGAAGGGGCCAAGGGAAGCCAGAAAGGGAAAGUUGCAGAGGCGGAGAUAAAGCGCCGCUUUGCUCGGGCCGGGGAAGGUGCCUGAGCCCCGGCUGGGGGAGAAAAGCCAGAGGAUCGGCCUGGCGAUGCAACGAGCCCCGGCGCCCGCUCGAUCCACGCGGAGCUGAGCCUCUUUCUUGGACCGGAGGAGGAAAAGGCGGAGGAACUUUCUGCGGGGAAAAGGAGGACGCGGACCCGCCGACUCUUUCCUGCAGCUCCACCCGGAUCCUAGCAGCUGCAAGGCGAUCCUACGUGAAAGGGGGCAUCUUCUCCCUUGGAUCCGGACCCUUAUUUAUUAUGCGAGUCGUGUUCUUCGAGGAGGAGGACGCUUCGGGGUUGGCAAGAGCUUGAGAGGCUGCAAGCCCCCUCCCCCUUCAGUGCCACUUUAAAAACUCCGGCUGGCUGGAUGAGCCACUUCUGGGCUGCUUCCCUGCCGAGCCCCCUUUUCCUCCCCCAGCAAACCUUGCAGCUCCACAAACUCAGUCUCGGUCCCCGAGGAACUUAAGCAGCUGCCGCAGCCUCGUCUGGACGGUGAUGCUGGAAAGGAGUGCAGGCCCAGAGACUGACGCUUGAGUGCCAAGAGAUCCGGCCUGAAAAACUUGGCCCUGAAUACUUUGAUUUGUGUGUCAGUUACAAAAGCCCCCCUUUCGUGGGAUUGAUUCUUUCUCCCUGACCUUCUGUUGGGGGGUUUGGUCCCAGGAUACAAAAUGGCGCUGCUUGGAUGGGGAAAGUUGGGGUCGUUUGCAGAUUUCGUUUUGACUUUCUCCUUGGUCGUCCACACGUUCACGGGAUUCAGCUCCUGCCUGGAGCAGCAGCAGCUCUGCUUCUCCUGCACGUGCAGAGAGGAUCUUCUGGAUUGUAGUAAUCUGGGGCUAGAAGAGGUGCCAGUGGGAAUACCCUCCUGGGUAGUCCAGAUAAACCUGAGCCACAACAAGUUGACAGAGAUUGAUCCUUCUGCCUUCUCCGGGCUGCCAAACCUGCGUGAGGUGCGACUGAGCAACAAUGAACUGACAGCCAUUCCAUUCCUCGGAUCAGCAUCUGCCAACAUUACAUCCCUCUACCUGAAUCGCAAUAGGAUCCGUAGCAUCAAGGCGAGGCAACUGGAGCCCUAUGUUGCCAUGGAAACAUUGGACCUCAGCUCAAAUAACAUCACAGAAAUCCGAAGUGGCUGUUUCCCAGUAGGCCUUUGUAUAAAGGAUCUUUAUCUGGGGAGCAACAGAAUCAGCAUCCUGGAGACCAAGGCUUUUGAUAGCCUGUCACGAUCCCUGCUGACGCUUCACCUGAGUAAAAACAGGAUCACCCAGCUUCCUGUUAAGGAAUUCAGACUGCCCAAGCUAACGCAACUGGAAUUAAACCGUAAUCGCAUUCGCUUGAUUGAAGGCCUGACGUUUCAAGGACUGGACAGCUUAGAAGUACUGAAGCUGCAGCGCAACAGCAUAAGCAAACUGACUGAUGGAGCCUUCUGGGGUCUGGCCAAAAUGCAAGUCCUGCAUCUGGAACAUAACCUCCUGACUGAAGUUAACCGUGGCUCCCUAUACGGUCUGUCUUCUCUUCAGCAAUUUCAUCUGAAUAACAACUUGAUAUCCCGUAUCAGACCUGAUGUCUGGAAUUUCUGCGAAAAGCUACAUGAGCUGUCGCUAUCAUACAACAAUCUAACCAGGCUGGAUGACAGGAGCCUGGCAGACCUGGGCGGCCUGCAGAUUCUACACCUCAGCCACAAUUCCAUCAGCCACAUUGCCGAGGGAGCAUUCAAGGGACUCAAGAGCUUGCGAAUUCUGGAUCUGGACCAUAAUGAGAUUUCAGGCACAAUAGAAGACACCAGUGGGGCCUUUACAGGUCUGGAAAACCUAAGCAAGCUGACUCUGUUUGGAAACAAGAUCAAGUCUGUGGCCAAGGAGGCGUUCUCAGGCUUGGAGGCCCUGGAACACCUGAACCUUGAAAAUAACGCAAUCAGGUCCGUUCAAGCUGAUGCCUUUGCCAGACUGAAGAGCCUGAAGGAGCUCCACAUCAACAGCGAGAACUUCCUGUGUGAUUGUCAUCUCAAAUGGCUGCCGCAGUGGUUAACCAGGAAGGAACUGCAGCCAUUUGUGGUCGCUACCUGUUCCCACCCAGAGUCAUUAAAGGGCCAAAGCAUUUUCGAUGUGGUGCCGGAAAGUUUUGUCUGUGAGGAUUUCCCCAAACCGCAGAUCAUAGUUCAGCCGGAAACGACAAUCGCCGUCCUGGGCAAGAACAUCCGCCUCACCUGCUCAGCGGCCAGCAGCAGCAGCUCCCCCAUGACCUUCGCAUGGAAGAAGAACAACGAAAUCCUGCACCACGCUGAGAUGAAGAAUUUCGCCCACGUCCGGGCCAGGGAUGGGAUGGUGAUGGAAUACAGCACUGUUCUGCUGUUACGCCACGUCACUUUCACCCAUGAGGGACACUACCAGUGCAUCAUCAGCAACCACUUUGGCUCUACGUACUCUCAGAAAGCACAGCUGACUGUUAAUGUGUUGCCAUUGUUCAACAAAACCCCCUAUGACAUUACGGCCCGGACAGGGACGACAGCUCGGUUGGAGUGUGCUGCCGGUGGCCACCCCACCCCACGAAUUGCCUGGCAGAAAGAUGGCGGCACUGACUUCCCUGCGGCUCGUGAGCGUCGGAUGCAUGUCAUGCCCGACGACGAUGUCUUCUUCAUCACCGAUGUGAAGAUUGAGGACAUGGGUGUUUACAGCUGCACUGCUCAGAACUCAGCGGGUUCAGUGUCUGCAAAUGCUACGCUGACUGUGCUGGAGACGCCAAGCUUAGUUCACCCACUGGAAGAUCGUGUCGUAUCUGUGGGCGAAACGGUGGUCUUGCAGUGCAAAGCGACGGGAAGCCCGCCUCCACGCAUUACCUGGCUGAAGGGCGACCAGCCUCUGAACGUCACCGAAAGGCAUCAUUUCACGCCUGGCGACCAGCUGCUCAUCGUCCGAAACGUAGUGAUGGAGGAUAAUGGGAAAUACACUUGCGAAAUAUCCAACAUUGUUGGAACUGAGCGGGCGCACAGCCAAGUGAACGUGCUGCCAACACUUGUCUGCCGGAAGGACGGGACCAUGGUUGGGAUCAUCAUCAUUGCGGUCGUGUGUAGCAUCGUCUUGACUUCUCUUGUCUGGGUGUGCAUAAUCUAUCAGACCCGGAAGAAGAGUGAAGAAUACAGCGUCACAAACACAGAUGAGACCAUUGUACCACCUGAUGUGCCAAGCUAUCUGUCCUCCCAAGGAACCCUUUCAGACAGACAGGAAACGGUGGUCCGAGUGGAAAAUGGCCAACAGCCUAACGGGCAUAUACAGAGCAAUGGUAUUUGUCAGACAGACACAGAGAAGAGUCCAGUGGCCGAUGGCAUCCCACCUCUCGUUUAUCAGCAGCCAAAACUGUGCCUGGGAUACAAUAAAGAAGCUUGGAAAGCAGACGACGUAGCUAAUGGGAUGCUUAUUACCGACAAGACAGGGUACAGCUUGCCGGUUGUGUGCACCGAUUGCAGCGGGAGCACAGAUAGCACGAAUGUCAACAUUUAUCCCAAGGAUCCUUAUUAUUAUCCUUCGGCUGUAGAGAACGUAGAUCCAAAUCCACCCCGGGACAAGGACGCCAAGAGGCAUGACAACAGUGUGCCUGCUGCUACCUGUCAAAGUCCCCCAAAGUCGAAUGGGAGCAUCAACAACAGUGACAGCCAGUCAGAUGUCAGAGGUACCAUCUACCCCAGUAACCAUGACAGAAUGCCAGCCUCUACAAGUAAGACGCUCCAAGCGGAGAGCAAAGGUUCUGCACAACCUUUGGCAAAGUUUUCUGAGCCUCACAGCGUUCUACCCCCUUCUGAAGGCUCAGUCAGGCUUCUAGCAGGAACUGCUGAACUCUCACAGACAUUACCAGCGGUGGAAGCUAAACAAACUCCUCUUCUCAAUGGACACUUGCCAAGGUCAUGUGACUCCCUUCACGAGCUAAGCCACUGAAGGAUCAGUGGACAGAGAAAACUGCUCCGUGCACGUGUGCGGAACAUACUAUGUAUCUACAGAUCUCUUUGCACAGAAUAUCUAAGCUACUUCUACCUCAGGUUCUCAACUGACAGCCUCUCGAUGGGAAAAAAAAAAUUAAGAACAAAUAAAAUGAGGUAUAAGAAGCAAGCUUGGGCAGGGGAACAGAAACCCCUUUCCAAGCGGUGCCCACUUGUACAUAGUUUGAAAACUUCCGUGAGAAGUAUCAGAAACUCAACACAUUGGCUUGCAUAGAAAGCACAGAAAUGCAAAAAAAAAAGUUAUUGUGUAAAAUGGGGAGGGAAGUGUAUUUGGUAAAUUUGUACAUAAGAGUUUUCAUAUAUAUAAAAUCUAUCUAUCUAUAUAUAUUAUAUAUAUCUUCUAACAGAGUUAUUUUAUUCCUUGGUGCAUGAUCGAAUGGAGUGGAAUUGUUCAAUGUUGACUACACUGUCUUCUUGCUAGACCGUUGCUUCAUCCCCACCCCCUCUCUAUUCCCUCCCAAGAGGAAUCAUUCUGGUGCCUUAUCUCAAACUUCAAGGUCAGGCCCAUAUUUUAAUGGAGCAGGCCUUGCUGGCCAAAAUACCCCCUUUUGCAGCAAUUACCGAAUCGGUUGGCGACUUCAGUUGUCGAUCCCCAGAGAUGCUGCCCUUGACCUUUUAAUGGAACUCUUAGGGUUCUUUCAGCAUUACCUGGCAGAGAUGGUAAAGCAUCCCGUUGACGUGCGGAUGCACAGAUCCAUUGGGCAGGGUCGCCGUUUGUUCGUUGCACUACUCAAGAUUCAUGCAUCCCACAUUACAAUGUUGAUUAGCUGCUGCUUUUUUUUAAAAUGAGAAAGGAACCUCUUCGAAUUUUGUAUGGCGUGUCCUUCAGGAAUUAAGAACAAUAAUUCGUAGGCUAUAACCACACUGGGCUACUGUUUAUAAUUUUUCUAGUGCUUUGAGUGUUGUCUAAAGCACUACUAAAAAAAAGCAAACAAGACAAAGCAGACGGAUACAGAAAGAACUGUCUUACUUAAAACCCUUUGGGCAAAAAGGAGCUCUGUGAGGGAGAGCAGUUUAUUAAGUUGAAUUAUUAAUAAUAAUAAUAAUUAAAACUGAGCGUUAAAAAAACUUUUUUAGAAGUGCUGCUUCUUUUGAUGUUUGUACCUAGGUAUCAAAAAUACCAGGGGGGGGGGGGGUUGUCCUGUUUUUUUUAGUUCAGGGUUAUUGCAUUUAAGUCAUGUUACAGAAGGGAAAGAUCUCUCUCUCUCUCUCUCUCCCUUUUAAAGCCAUGAGUAAAAGGCCACUUUGAGGGAAGCGAGGCAGCUAAGAAGCAAGGGGGUAGAAACACUCCUGUGCCCUGAACUAGUUCUCCAUCACAACGGGUUAGCGUUGUGGUUGGCUUUGCAGGCAUCUUGACCCCCACUGCUCUCUGUCAGAUAUUUAAGGGUGUUAAGUUCUUUGCAGCAACCUUUUUUCUCAAUAACUCUCCUCCUAUUAGAAAGCCUCCUUACUGAAGGAUGUCACAUACUGCAUGAUCCAGUGUAUUCUUCUCAGAAUCAAGCUGCCUGGUUGGCUUACAGAACCCAACCAGCUGGUUUUUUUUGCCGGGGGGGGGGGGCAGUUUGCCACCUGUAACUUAUCCUGAAGGUUUGACAGGAAGGAGACACUUUUCAUAGCAAGCUGCUCAAACACUCGCUAUUUCCUGAUAAAGCUUGUAUUCCUUUAAAAUACCUAUUUUACCUAUCCUCUUACCUACCCAAACUACAGAAGACAUGGGCGUUGUAAGGCAAGGACAUUUAAACCAGUAGUGGAGUGGGGGGAAGUAAAUGUUGUACAAAUAGGAAGUUAAAAAUACCUGGUUGUUGUGGGCUUUCCGGGCUGUGUGGCCGUGGUCUGGUAGAUCUUGUUCCUAACGUUCCGCCUGCAUCUGUGGCUGGCAUCUU